AUGUCGAAUUUAACCGCCGGGUAUCUCUCCAACAAGCUUUGGAUCAAGAAGGUAGAAUCUUUCUAUACUCCAGCACAGGUUGCAAAAUAUCUCGAACGCAUCGACUUUAAACCCCGUUUGUCGGAAGUUGAUCUCGUCGAUGGCCGCACAUUCGUUCCCUCUCCAGAGGCGCUUGAGCGCGUCAUGAGGGGUCAUCUUUUGACCUUCCCUUGGGAAAAUACUGCAAUGCACUACACCGAGAAGCACUGGAUGGAUGUUACGCCGGAAGGUGUUUAUCAACGAUUCGUCGACGAAGGCAAAGGUUCCUACUGCUUCGGUCAGGAUAUGUUGUUGCUUGGAAUCCUGCGUGGGAUGGGAUUCAGGGCAUAUUCCGGUGCUGCACGCGUCAAUGUAAACCAUCAAACUCCCGAGAAAGAACCCACCUACGCAUCCCUGACCCAUGCAGUCAUCUUCGUCCAGCCCAAACCAGACAGCAACGAAACGUUCGUUGUCGAUGUCGGGUUUGGGACCUUGAAUCUGGCUCGGCCGAUACCGCUCUCAGACGACCCCGGUGCUGUAGUGAAAGGGGCGUUUGAAGGGCAACUGUACAGGCUGACCAGGGCCCAAAUGGGAAAUUCCUCCGUCGAGGUACCUCCAGACGUAACAGACGCGACCCAUCGCCGCUGGAAUCUCGAGGAGACACGGAGUGUGGACGGCACUCCUCAGCCAUGGAAACGUCUGUAUACCUUCACCGAAGAAGAAUUCUCGCUCAACGACUAUCUGGACGGUUCCUUUGUCGUAUCUCAGCAGCCUGGCGCAGGGGUUUUCUGGAACAACCUGCUCUGCGUCCGAUGCUUCGUGGACGAAGAGGACAUUGACCUAGAUAUCUCGCAAGCUAACUGGUACCGACUGGUAUUGGUUGGAAGCGAGGUCAAGCGCCACGACAAGAACGGAACGCGAGUCGUCAAGACAAUCACCAGCGAGAAGGAGCGGUUAGAGAUCCUCGGGGAGAUGUUUGGAGUAGAUAUACCCUCUGAGGCGGUCGCUUACAUCAAAGGUCGCGCACCUGAGAUACAGGGUAAUGCGAGACGCGGGGACGACCAUGGGUAG